CCCAACAAUGUCUAAUAACGCUGAACUUGUUAACAAUUCAAAUGAUUGGAAUAAAUGGAUUGAAGAAGCCAUUUCUAAAAAACUUAUUAAAUAUUAUGAAUUUGACCAAUUUUAUAAUAUUCAAGAAAUUGGUUUCGGUGGCUUUGGAAAAGUUAGUCGUGCAAAUUGGAAGAAUUCUCAUAAGCGUUAUGCAAUAAAAACUUUUUUUAAUAUCAAUGAUGCUACAGUUAAAGCAAUUAGUUUUUUAUUAAUGAGAUUCAACUUUAACGUGAAGUUGAUUUUCAUGAUAAUGUUAUUCGUUUCUAUGGUGUCACAAUUUUCAUUAAAGAAACUCAAAAAAAAGCGUAUUCAUUGGUGAUAGAAUAUGCUGAAAAUGGUACUCUCCGAAAAUAUUUAAAAGAAAAUUUUGAAAA